UUUUAUAAUUGUAGACAGCCUCACCAACUUGCUAGGCCGUACAUUAGAUUAGAUAGGAGUUUGUGGCGUCGUUGAAUUGAAAAUAUAAUUUUUUGAGAUAACAGAAAACUAGUUCCCCUUAAUACCCAGGAUGCAUUUCGCUUUUGCCAUCUUGUCGAGUGGUUGGGUUAAGAGCGGCAGGCAGGAGUUAGCCACCCGUUAGCUUACUGCAGCUGUGGUAAAGUGGUUAUCUGUCAGCUAGCUGCUAGUAGCAGCUGCCAAAAGUGAGCUGUCCACACGGCAAGAGGCAAAACUUUACCGACUUUGAGACGUUUUUUCUGUCUACCGCUGGACUAUAUGUUCUUUUUGGAAAGCCAGUGGAUUUGUUUACAUCAUGAUGUCGCACAUGCUGGUACCGAGGUAGGGAAAACUAGCUAACAUCAGCUAACUUAGCUAGUCGGCGAGAAAUACAUCUACAGCUGAGAGGGAAGAGUGGGCUGCGAGACCGGGCCCGCCUCAGACUAAAGUACCGGUGGCAGCUGCUGAACAAGAACUUUGACAAGGGCCUGUUUGAAACUCCGCUGCCGGGACACAAGGAAGGCCAACCGGGUGUCAGAGAGGCCGGAGGAGGGGAACGGCAGUCGCCCGUGUGCUGUGACUGGACACCGCAGAGCGUUUCGGGAGUUUCGCAGGGUCUGGCCCCGGUUGAGAAACUUUUCUCAGACAAGAGAGAGGAAGAGGAACGGUAUGGAAACGUCCUGUGACGGUACGUGUCUGUGUCAUAUCCCUCAGCUGUGAAUUACUUCGCAAGGCAUUAGUCCAGCACUUUGUUUCAUCUGGGAGCAGACGGACUUGACGCAUAUAGUCAACAUGUCGAAAAUGCCGGCGAAGAAGAAAAGUUGUUUCCAGAUCACGAGUGUAACGCAGGCUCAGGUGGCGGCCAGCAGCGUCACCGACGACACCGAGAGCCUGGACGAUCCGGACGAGUCCCGGACAGAGGACGUGUCGUCGGAAAUAUUUGACGUUUCUCGGGCCGACCUCGGGGUGUGUGAGAUGAGUUCAUCCGAGGAAACCUUAAACAAUGUAGGAGAGACUCACGAGGGCCAGCCGCCCACUACAGGUCCUGUCAACGGGGGACACUGUUAUAAAAGUAUGGUCACUGGUCGUGUCACCCCACAUAAUUUAGGAGGAAGUGCGCCUGUGCCAGCUGCAACUCAACCCUUUGUUCCGAGCUCAGCCACCCAUCCGUCAGUCAGUAAUACAGUGGGUAAUUCUACCACUGUCUCUACCAAUGUGGCUCACACAACUCCUGUUAACACCAGCUGUAGUUCCCGUUUCAGGGUCAUUAAACUUGAUCAUGGUACUGGAGAGCCCUUCAGACGGGGCAGGUGGACUUGCACUGAGUUUUACGAGAGAGACUCAGAUUCAAAUGUUAAUCGAACUGUGGAUAGCAUAAGGCCAACUCUCACCCUUGAUCACAGUAUAGACAGGGACAGUGGGCUAGGGGCCACAAGUAACUCAGUGGUCACUAGCAGUGCUUUUUCCGCACAGGCGUUGGAGAACACCAUGGACAGUGGCUACUCCCACCCUUCAGAGCCUCUGCAGCAAGGCUACAGCUUGGCUCCUCAGAUAGGGAGCGGAGCAAGUGCCUUCCAGCCCACAGGGUAUACAACUACAGCAUCCCAGCAAACUCAGGCUCAGGUCAAUAUGCAGCCUGUUGCUCCCCCGACCUUCCUCUCUAACAGCGUCAAUGGUGUGCACCAUGGUGCCAUGCAUCAGAUGUCUCCCAUUAUGCCUCCUGCCACGCAGGCCCAGCAGUUUGCCUAUUCUACUCAUCCUACUGGCCUCUCAGCAGGCCAGCCAGACUUUCGUCAGCAGCACUUUGUUUCAAGCACUCAGAACCUUCCCAUGUCUACCCUCCUUGUGGGGCCUCCUACCAGCCAGGUACCAUCACCUCUAAUCACCCCUGCUGGUCCAGGAGCCCAAGGGCUUGGCGGAGAGGGAGCCUCCGCCCAGGGCCUCCUGCUCCAAGUGGGCAAUACGUCAGCCAUGGCACCCAUCCUUCAAGGAAUUGGCCAACAGCAGCAUAUCAACCAGACUCAGCCUUCAGGAGGGUUAGGCAUUGCCCCAGCAUCUUCCACCACCACCACCUCCCACAGCGGUGUCCAGAAUGCACCUGCCACAGUGCCCAGUACCACCAACACCCUUCCAGGAGUGCAAAGUCAGGCACCGGGCACAGGAGGACUUGUCAAGCAGCCCCAAGGAGCCCACGGAGGAGCAACAACGUGCCUUCCCUCCGUCUUCAGUAACCAGGUAGAAGACAGCAGGCAGAAGUCUGAUGCCCUACCUGAGUCCAGUGCUGUUGUGGUGCCAGGCAAAGAUGCUGUAAAGCCUUUCUUGGGGGAUGGCCUCAACCUGCCCACUCCUGCUGUCAACAGCCUGUUUGGCAUCCAUAUUUCCAUGGAUGUGGAUGAGGACAGGAACCCGUCCACUGCUUUCUACCAGGCUUUCCGGCCUAGCAGGUUACGAGGGUCAAAGCCUGUCAACGAUAGUGCAUCCGGCGCCAGUGUUGUCGCCAUCGAUAACAAGAUUGAGCAAGCAAUGGACUUGGUGAAGAGCCACCUGAUGUAUGCUGUCCGUGAGGAGGUGGAGGUGUUGAAGGAGCAGAUCAAGGAGCUGUACGAGAGGAACUCGGUGUUGGAGCGCGAGAAUGCCGUGCUGAAGUCCCUGGCCAACACGGAUCAGCUCGGCCAGCUGUCCAGUCAGCUCAACCAGGGCAGCAGCACAUCGCCGACACUGCAACAGCAAUACCCGCUCGUCACCAACAACAACAACAACAACAACAACACCACCACCACCCCCGCCUUGGCUCACCACGAGGGGGGUCAGAGCAUCCCUCAACAGCCUAACAUCACCUCUGCGUGAUCCCCGUUCCCUCAGUACACAUGCUCAAACACAAACCUCCCACGGGCAGGAACAACUGCUACUGUCCCCUUCAUAAAGCAAAAGGCCCUGCUCUGCGUUCAAUAUGCUCCAUUUGAGGAAACCUCAACAACAGCGACAUCUGCGUUUGCCGCCAAGAGCCAUGCUUCGAUGUGUGCACGUUGCCGCCACCAGGCUUAUCAUUAUUAAGACAUUUACCACCCCUCAAAAAGUCUUAUUCUGUCCCAUGGCUGCAAGAAAGCUGAAAAAGGAGGGGCAAGGGGGAGCCGGUGCACACCAUAAAACCGCAUGCUGUUCUUGUGCAGGAGGACGGGGGUCAAAGGGCACAGCGAGAUUGAUUUGUUGGGGCAACGAGUGGUGGAAGAGGGCGGUGCAACCCUGUGAGGGGCCUGUGACGUGAUGAGGGUCCUGUGAUAUCCAGCAGGGACUGUCCUCCCAGUAUUCCCCCCACUCCC